AUGACAAAUAGAUAUGAAGUACAAGAUUCAGCAUUUGUCGUUACAUUGGUAAUCAAUGUAGUGAUUGGGGUUCUUGGAUUGAUACUAUUUUGUGUAUUGCGUAGAAGAUACAAUUUAGUCUACCGAUACCGUUAUGAAAUGCAUCAACAACAAGGUACAACCGUUGAUCAACCACCUUCCAAUACUUUCUUUGGUUGGAUUGGUUCUACCAUUCGUUAUCCAAAUCAAAAAAUUAUUGAACAUUCUGGUUUGGAUGCAUAUUUUUAUCUUAGACAAAUUAAAACAUCAUUAAUGAUUAUGGUAAUAUUAAUGGUAUUGUCUGCCAUUGCAUUGUAUCCAACCAAUUAUUAUGGAAAGUACAAUGAGAAUCGUCCAACCAAUGAAGAUGGAGAAUUGGUCGAUGAGAUCAAAGGACUUUCGUUGAUUUCCAUGUCCAACAUUGAACGUGGUAGCAACAAACUUUGGGUACAUCUAUGUUUUACAUUGAUUGUCACUGCAGUCGUACUCUUUUUCACCUUUUUGGAUUAUAGAGAGUAUAGUAUCAAGAGAAUACUAUAUAAAUGUCAAAAUAGAUUGUGCAACUACUCGGUACUCAUCAAGGACAUUCCAGAAUCAAUCUCUACCAAGGACCAACUCACCAACUUUCUCUACUCCUUCUUCCCACCAACCCUUGGUGAUAUCCAAGAUGUUGUCAUGCAUCAUCCAGCUGACCACAUUUUCACUCUUAUCCAACAACGUGAAGGAUUCAUCAAGAGCUACGAGGUGGCUCAGGAAAAGUCAAAAAAGAAAGUGCAAUUUGUAAAGACUGGAUUCCUAGGAUGCUUUGGUGAAAAGAGAGAAGCUUUGGAAUACUAUCAACAACGUAUCAAUGAACUCAACAAGGAGAUUGAAAGUGAAAGACAUGAAGCAGAGAAUAACAGAUCAACAGCAGCCUUUGUAGUGUUUAGCCAAAAACAAUCUGCCAAGAUAUCAGUCCAAACCAUCAUGAAUAGAGACUACCCAUACCAAUUUAGAAGACAUGAUUCACCAGACCCAAGUGACAUCUUUUGGAAGAACCUCUCGGUUGGCUACAAAUCCAUUCUCAUUCGUACUCUCCUCGUUUCCAUCUUUAUCUUUUUCCUCGUCUUUUUCUGGUCGAUUCCAGUUGCCUUUUUAUCUGGUUUCUCUAAUCUCGCCACACUCGCCAAGAUAUCUGCCUUUUCAUGGUUGGUUGAUAUCAUCAACAAGUCUUCAGUCCUCUCUGGUUUCCUCCAAGGUUUCCUUCCCAAUCUUGUUUUGAUCAUCUUUAUGAUCAUCUUGGUGCCAAUCAUUACCUUGGCCUCCAAGAUUGAAGGCUUCCAUUCAUUCACCUCUAUUGACAAGUCGGUAUUCUCUAAAUACUUUUUCUUCCAAGUAUUCAACGUUUUCCUCAUCUCUGCUAUCGCCGGUUCAAUCUUCCAAUCUUUGGAAUCAAUCGUCAAUAAUCCUUCAACCAUUAUUACUCUUCUCUCUACUGCUCUCCCAGGUCAAGCUUUCCAAAUGAUCAAUUUAAUUAUGAUUGCCUCUGUAGGAGUAUUUUUACAAGUAUUAAGAUUAAUUGAAUUAAUUGUUAAAUCUAUUCGGAUCAGAUAUUUUGUAUCAACCAAAAGACAAUUAGAAGAAGUUCAAAAAUGUGGACCAUUUUCUUAUAGUACAAGUUAUACUACCAAUUUGUUAUAUCUUCAAAUUUGUUUAGCCUAUUCAACAUUGACACCAUUCAUUCUUAUAUUUGGAACCAUUUAUUUUAUGGGAGCUUAUUUGGCACAAAAGUAUAAUAUUAUUUGGGUCAAUACACCAAAUUAUCAAUCAGGAGGAUCAUUAUACCCAUUGGCAUACAGACGUAGUAUUGUUGGGUUAAUCAUUUAUCAACUCGUCAUGAUUGGAGUAUUCAAUGUGUAUGAUUUCUUUUGGGGAAAUCUAGUGAUCAUUCCAUUGGUCGCUACAUUAUUGUUUUGGGCUCACUGUGAGUUCCUCUUUUGUCACAAGUCAGAGCAUGGAAUCUUGGACUCUAGAAUUGCUCAAGAUGAAGACUUCCCACUCAACAACCAAGGAAUAUUUUAUGAUGCAGGUCUUGCCUACCAAAGUUACAAUGAAACUCAAUACCAACCACCAUGGUAUCGUCCACUCAUGGCUGUUCAAAAUAGUUCACUUACAACUUCUUUUGAUCCAGUUCAUGGAGCUGCUCCAUAA